UUGAGAUAUGAGAAUCUUUGUGAAAAUUGACAAGAUAUUUUGAUUUUAAACCACAAAAUAAUGACCACCUCAGGCCAUCUGGCUGAUUCUUUCAUCAUCGACGUUAUUCAUUGUACACUUUGCUGUCGAAAUUGUGUAUAAUUUACAAGUUUUGGUGAUGUAUCUUAAAGGCAGAAAUUGAGAAAGAUUUCACAUUCAAAAUGACUAUCAUUAUGUCGUGAAGAAAUUAAGGAGGCAAAGAUGUCUGGGUGUUGGUUUUGACUUCGAAGAAUGGAAGAUGCUGUCGAGUCUGUUGUUGUAGAAGAGCAAAGCAAGCAGUUUGUCAAGUCUAAGUCACUAUUUCAGCGUUUCCGAAAUCGUAGUACCUCGUCCGAGAAUAACAAUGCAGGAGAUAUAAAGGAUAGAGUAAAAGAAAUGCGAGAGAAAAUGGUUCCCAAUGAUCAAUCAGAAAUGUGUGUGAAGACAACAACUGAUGUUCAACCACACCAGAGAAAUACAAAUGGUGUCAAGGAAAAAAUAUUAAACGGAAUUAAAGAAACAAGAUCAUCAAUAGGCAAAAACAGUACUUGUCUUUUGUUACGACUGUUUGAGUCAACAAUGUUCGACAUGUCCAUAGCCAUGUCUUAUCUCUUCAAGUCAAAGGAGUCUGGUGUCCAAGCAUAUCUUGGGAACAAGUUGUUUAGUCUUGAUCAUUCAGAUGUCGAUAAAUACCUUCCGCAACUUAUGAACAUGUAUGUGCACAUGGAAGAUGUUGGGUCGGCAAUUUAUCAUUAUAUUACUGUACGCUGUAAAACUGAUGUAGAAUUUGCAGUUCAAGUAUUAUGGCUGCUCGAAGCGUAUUGUGCUGAUGGAUGGCUGCCAAGUUGUGAACAGCAAAGAGGACUGAAAAUUGUGAAAAAGAUUUUAGAUGAAAGCUCAAAGCAAAAGUUGUUGACUCCACCAAGUAAUACUGGCACAAACCAAAAAAAACUUAUUUCUCAUCAGAGAUCAAGAUCGGAUGCUACUGCCAGCAUUGUGACGUCAUCAAGCAUCUUCCAGGCAACAACACCUUUCAAUGGUUCUGGUGGAGAUUUGCGCUAUGGUCAUGCAUUUGACUGUAACUGCUGUAAGCGUGUUCAUUUUCUACCUUCUACAAACUCGGCUUCGACAAGUAUUCCUGAACAACUUGCAAGAAUGCAUUCAGAAUGUAAAUGUCAGGGGCCAAAAUUAUUGGCACAAAGAGAGUUUGUCAAUGCACUAGUUUCUAUUGGCGAAAAACUUCGAUCAUUGGCUACAAAAGAUCUUCGUGUGUCUGCAUUGUAUGCAGAACUUUCUCUACUUAACCUCAAUCUGCCUGCACGUGUAUUUCUACCCAUUUUUCCUAUGCCCUUUAAACACUACGUGGUCAGAAUACCACAUACAAUAGCUGCUGUUCUUAAUUCAAAAGAUAAGGCUCCAUAUUUGAUCUAUGUUGAAGUUCUUGAGUCAUCAACUGCUGACUCCUCACCAAACGCGUCAAAAAGAUUGGAUAGCACAUCUCUUCGUCAAACGAGGUCCGAAGAAACAUUACCAACGUUUAGUCGCUCAAGAUCUUCCUCUGUUAAAUUUAAUGUGAAUGGUGGUUUGGAUGACGAUGUCUGGUCUGGUGUUGUGGAAGAAUCAAAAGACUUCGGCGAUAUUGAUUCUGUGUACAUCGCCGCAGGUGAUGUUCGUAAGCGAUUGAGUCAACAACUUACUGCGCCAAGAAAAACAAGAUUCGAUAAAGAUCCUGAUGAUCCUUCAGCGUCAGUUUUGAAAGAACCGUUUGCAGAGAAAGAAGAAAGAAUACGCGUCACUUCACCUUACGGACAUCUUCCUAAUUGGAGAUUGUUGUCUGUUAUUGUAAAAGUCGGGGACGAUCUUCGACAGGAGCUUUUGGCAUAUCAACUUUUAAGACAGUUUAAGAUUAUUUGGGCCGUUGAAAAAGUUCCUUUGUGGCUGAAACCUGUCGCUGUUGUUGUGACGUCAAAUGAAAGUGGUUUUAUUGAGCCAAUUGUCGAUGCCGUAUCAUUGCAUCAGAUUAAGAAACAUAGUCAGAUGUCUUUACUUAACUAUUUCAUAAAGGAGUAUGGAGACGUUAAUUCCGAAGAAUUUUUAUCAGCUCAAGAGAAUUUUGUUCAAAGUUGUGCUGCAUAUUGUCUCAUAUGUUAUAUACUUCAAGUGAAAGACAGACACAAUGGAAACAUUUUAUUGGAUGCUGAGGGUCAUAUAAUUCACAUUGAUUUUGGGUUUAUUUUAUCCUCGUCACCUGGAAGCAACUUUGGUUUUGAAAAUUCACCAUUUAAACUGACUCACGAGUUUGUUGAGGUUAUGGGUGGCGUCGACAGUGACAUGUACAACUUUUUUAAAAUUCUUAUGCUUCGUGGUUUUCUUGCUGCGCGCAAAAAUAUGGACAAAUGUCUUGAACUUGUUGAAAUCAUGCAAAGAGGCUCGCAAUUACCGUGUUUUGUACGCGGAUCAUCAACAGUAAGCUCAAUGCGAGAGCGCUUUCAUUUAAACCUAACGGAAGAACAAUUGGCUAAGCUUAUUGACGGAAUGAUAGAGACCAGUAUGAACUCAUUGACUACUAAAAUAUACGAUGGUUAUCAAUAUUUCACCAAUGGUAUAUUAUGAUGCAUAUGAUUGGCCAAGUGGUUGGUAAACGUGUGAGGUGACGUCACAAUGACGUGAGCAGCUACGUAUGGAAACAUGAUGUCGAAAGAGCUUCUGCAUUGUGUGUGAUGUCAUCAUUGUGGAGGCUUUGAGAUGUGUACAUCUACAUAGAUAAAUUUCAAUAAGCAACUCUGGUUUGAUGUGGGGCAGUUGUUCUCAAGGAUAUAAUGUGUUUGCAUAUUGGUCUUGUUAUGGGUCCAUUGUUUAUACUUAUAUGUGCACAAUUGGUAUCUUCAAGGGUCUAGCGUGUACCCACAUCUUCAAUUAGGGUUGCCAUUGGUCUAGUGUGUGUGUGUACACAAAUGUACAAUUUAUUUGUCAAAUUUGCUGCCAUUUCUCGAUCCACAUAGAAACCAUCUUGUACUUUGGAGUACCUCGUAUUGUGGACGAGUAUAAUUUUUACGUUAGAUGAACGACUCUAAAUGAAAAUACAAAACAUGAACUUGUCAUUUACUGCCGCGAGAAACACUAAUAUUAUAAAGAAUAUAUUUUGUCUUGUUCCAGCAAUGUAUGAGUAAGUGCGGCGUAAAUUAUUUGAUUUAUCAAUCGACAUUUGUUGACAAAUAUAGGACACUAUAUAUAUAUAUAUAUACAUAAUUUUCUACACGUUAUCGCGCUCAUUUUGAAGGAUUUGUAAAUAUUUGACUAAAUUGGAAAAAAGAGUUUAAUGAAACAGGA